AUGGCUGGUAGAGGCAGAGGCCGUGGUCGUGGUCGCGGCCGUGCUGGAGCACCAAGAGCUGGACGGUUGCCGUCGUCUGCGACGUCGUCGUCUUCAUCGUCGUAUCUGCCACAAGAGCACCAAGUGAUGUUCGAGUUCAUCAUCAUCCUCAAUGGCGACCCACUUGAUAUCCAGAGACUGCCGGACAAGUUCGCCGAGUUCGUCGCCGGCAAUGAGCCGGCCGCGCUGCAUCUGCAGGAGGCUGGCUGCGGCUGCUGCCGGUGGCCGGUGGACGUGCUAUUCGACAGGCGAGGCAAGAUGUACCUCCACACCGGCUGGGAGAAGUUUGCGCGCUACCACAACCUCCAAGUCGGCUACGUGCUCACAUUCUCGUACCUAGGCGACGCGGAUAUGAGCGUGAAGGUGUUCGAUGACACGUCUUGCUGCCGGCACUACCACGGCGAUGACGAAGAGGGGGACGAUUGA